AAAGCUCAGAAGCUUGAAGCUCUCUUGUUCCCUCUCUAUCUACCUCUCUCCUCUUCUCUCUCAUCAGAAACCCUAGAAAUUGGGGCUUCUUCCAAUGUCAAACUCCAAUAUAGAGAAAAGUUGCUUCUCCUCCGGUCCCAGUACUGCUAGCCUAUAAUCUGAAUUUGGAAUUGUCAUUAUAUGAAGCAUUGGACCUCUGUCCCUGCUUCCAUAUCCUCAAGCUGGAAUUCUUCUGAUUUCACUCCCUGCCACUGGACACUUUGAUUUGGCCUUGUCUUGUCACCAUUAUAUAUAAUGUGCUCCAUGUAAUGGAUCCUUAGCUUAAGAUGUAAUGGAGGAAAUGAUUGUAAUUCAGCAUGCCCUUUCGGAAUGCUAUUUAAAUCUAUCUAUCCCCUUCUUUUUCUCCGCUCAAAUUUGCAGUGUACAGUAGAGUAGGUAGUUUGGUUGAUGGGGGUUUUUUUUUGGUUGGGUUUAAUUAAACAGUAUGGUGCGGAGACUGAGUGAUGCAUUUGAGUGAAUUCUGAAAAUGGCGUCGCUUUGGCUGGUCUCUCGCGCUUCGCGUAGGUUUCUGAAACCUUCAAAUUCUUUCUCCCGCACCCUAUUUGCAGUUUCUUCUACUUACCAAUUAACCACCAACUCGAAAAAUCCUAAUCCUAACCCUUAUCCCAACGCAACCCUGUUGGGCCCAUUCACUCAAGGUCACCGUUGGACUCCCAGUUGCGUCGAAUUUGAUCUCAGACUCCUAGCGCACAUCUCCAGCUCGUCUUCAUCUACAGGCGCCAAGAACGACGGAAAUCGGGCCAGCAAUGACGCCAAGGUUGAAGUUGAGGCUUCUUGGAUCGACUUGUAUUUGCCGAGACAAGCUCGCCCUUAUGCGAAGCUCGCUCGCCUCGACAGGCCAAUUGGCACCUGGUUGCUCGCUUGGCCUUGUAUGUGGUCAAUAACAUUGGCAGCAAGCCCAGGACACCUUCCUGAUUUCAAGAUGAUGACACUAUUUGGAUGUGGGGCUCUGCUCUUAAGGGGCGCUGGAUGCACCAUAAACGAUCUCCUUGACCGGGAUAUUGAUACCAUGGUAGAACGUACAAAGUUGCGGCCAGUUGCAAGUGGUCUUUUGACACCUUUUAAGGGGCUUUGUUUUCUUGGAUUUCAAUUGCUUUUGGGUCUUGGAAUUCUCCUUCAACUGAAUAAUUAUAGCUGCAUUUUGGGGGCUUCAUCGUUGUUGCUAGUUUUCUCGUAUCCUCUCAUGAAGAGGUUGACAUUCUGGCCUCAAGCCUAUCUAGGUUUGACCUUUAAUUGGGGAGCUUUAUUAGGAUGGGCUGCAGUUAAAGGAAGCAUUGAUCCAGCUAUAGUGCUCCCAUUGUACCUUUCUGGAGUUUGCUGGACACUUGUGUAUGAUACGAUAUACGCACAUCAGGAUAAGGAAGAUGAUCUGAAAGUAGGUGUUAAAUCUACAGCAUUGAGAUUUGGUGAUUCAACUAAGGAGUGGAUUACUGGGUUUGGAAUUAUGUGCAUCAGCAGUCUUGCCCUCAGUGGAUAUAAUGUUGAAAUUGGUUUUGUUUCCUCCUUUAUUUUCAUAUUCUAUUUGUUUUAUUUUUCUAAUUUUUUCUUUUACCGUUAUUGGAACUUCAAUCCAAAUCUUUUUCCUUCUGCCGCAUACUCACACCAAUCUUUCAACCAUGGAGCAGGGUGGCCAUACUAUGCAUUUUUGGCGGCUGCAUCUGGACAAUUAGCUUGGCAGAUUUGGACUGCCGACCUUUCAUCCCGUGUUGAUUGCAACAGAAAAUUUGUGUCGAACAAGUGGUUUGGUGCUAUUAUUUUCAGUGGAAUCCUAUUUGGAAAACUUUCAUCAUAGGGGUAAGGUUACUUUUGGAGUAGUUACUUCGAACCUUGGGGUACUCCUAUUAUGGACUAUGUCUUGAAUCAAGUUUAAAUGAUUUAUGGGAUACUGCUUGUGGAAUUUUUGAAGGUGGAAUUUUUUAGGAAAUUCCCAGAUUAAAUAAGUGUAGGCUGCAAGAUAGUUGAUAUGCCGCACCCGAAGUACAACAAUGAAGGAUAUGAAUAAUAUUGUCUUUACUAUUUGUGGUGGAGAGAUAAGUAUACUUUAAAAUAGACCCCUUUUUUGUAGGGGCAGAACAAUUUUGGCUAACAUAGGCGUCAAUGUUGUAACAUUCUUCUUUUUAGUAUAUGGGGAAUAUUGUUGUAAGACCGGUAUUUCCAGUUAACAUAUUGUUUGAUCUAAAAGGGGUUUUCCUCACCUGUUCUUUCUGUGUUA